GACUAUGAACUCGGACCUAAGUACAGACGUGGAUUGCAGAUGACAGGUCUGUUUUGUUAGUUUGCCAAAAAUAUCUAUAAUGUCAACAAAAAAACAAGCAAGUGAAAGAUUAAAAGCCAAGAAGAUGAGCAAAGUGCAAAUACAGCAAGCUAUUAUCAAGAAGAAACAAUGUGAUGCAAAAGCUCUUGCAAUAGUCGAGCAGCUUUUAGAACCUACUGUAAAUCCAGAUUGGCUUCUUCAAAAUCUACAAUUUUUAAGCAAAAGUCACAUGGAGGAUAUAAUAGAAGAAAGAUCAAUAGUAAAGCUGUGUGGAUAUAUUCUGUGUUCCAAACCAUUGAGUGUUAUCAUUUGCCAACAGUAUCACAUAUCAACUCGUAAUAACAAAGUAUAUGAUAUCAGUAAACGAAAAAAAUUUUGCAGUUCGUCUUGCUAUGGAGCAGCUAAUUUCCUUCUUGAGCAAAUGUUAGAAAGUCCAUUAUGGCUAAGAGAAAAAGAUGAUAUACCAGUUUUUCAAAUUUUACCUGUAAAUGUUAAACAACAUGUUCUUGGAGAUGAAAUAGAUGUUGCUGGAAUUAAACUUGUUAACCAGAAUAUAGAUAUUGACAAUGCUGAAUGUGUAAAAGAGUCCAAGAAAGAUGAUAAUGAAUACAACAAAGAAUCUCUGGAAGUCAAGCAAACAAGAAAAAAUAGAUUAUCUGAUAUAUCAAACUUGAAAAAAGAAAGUAUACAUAGUUCUACUUUAUUGAAUAGUGAAACGAACAAUAUAAGUAACGUUUCUGAAAAUAUUGACCCGCAAGAUUUGUUUAGUGAUAACACAUAUUUAUCAGAACUGCGAUUGAAUAAAAAAAAUGAAGAUUGUGAAUCUAUAAAACUUAUAAAUCGUACAGGCAACUGUGACAAUAAAAUUCAGAAAGUAGAUAUAAAAUUAGAUAAUUUAGAUGUAGAAAUUAUCAAAGAAUAUGAAAAUAUGCCACACUCAUGUGAAGAUAACAUUAGAAAUACAGACAAAAAUACAAAUAUAAAUACUACAUGCAAAAAUGAUUGUAAAACUGAUAGAACACAACCUCAGUUGAAUGAAAUAAAUAUUCAAACUAAAAUAAACAAAACUAGACCUAAUAGAUGCAAGAAAGUACAAUUUCAAUUAAAUGAAAGUAACAGUAAAAAUAAUAACGGUAAAAGCAUAAUACAAACUCAGUUAAAUGAAAUAAACAGUUGCCAAAAUGGUGAUAAUAACAAGUUGCAAUUUUAUCCUGACAAACUAUAUAAUGAUCAAAAUGAUAAUAAACAACUUGAGUAUCAAGUAGGUGAGAAUACAGAGAAUAAUUGUAAAGACAACAAAAAAAUAAUACAACCGUACUUAUUUGAGGAAUACACCAACAAUAUUGUAACUUCUACAUCUGGUUACAAUCCUGAGGAAAAAAAACAUAAUAAUAAAAGUAGUAAAAAUAAAAAGUGUAAACAGAAAGAAUUUGGUAGCGCAGAAACACAUGUCAAUUGUUGUUACUUACUUGUAAUGCGUGUUGAACAGAAUGUCAGAGAAUGGAUUACAGAAAAUACGCUUCGUCUGUUACUGGGUGGGGAGGAUGAAAAAUGCAAGUUAUUAGAAAGUCUUGCGCAGCACGACAGAUAUGAGCAAUUAUGUAAAAAAUUAAAUAGAUUGCAGUUAGAAGACGAACGAGAAGAUUGCAUCAUCUUGGAAAAAAAUAUGUUGAAACCUUUACCUCAUUUUUCUGUGCUUCAAGAAGAAGGAAAAAAAAUGGAAUUAAAGGUGCGUGCUUUUUAUGAAGGACGAACAAUUUUUGAAGACAGUAAUAACGAAUCAGAAAACAAAAAUGAUGAAGAUGACGAACCGGUAUUACCAUUAACAGCUUCUCACACUCCUAAUGCAAUUCGCCGCCGAAUUUUUUUGGACAAACUUAAUAAAAUAUUGCCAGAUUUAUUGCGUGCAUUGACGUCUAAUACAAAUUGCUCAAUAGCGGAAUUUACUUAUAACAAUGAGAAGUAUUCUUUAAUCAAGAUUUUAAUUAGUACUUUUAACUUAUCCGCUGCAAACAUUGUUUUCAGAGCUGCCGAGUGGACACUUGUAGGACUUCUUAUCAUUAAAAUGUUAAGUUUAAUUGAUGUGCAGAUGAAGUCUUUACUUCAAACUAAACAAGCCACAUUAUACACAUCAAUGAUCCUUAUGUCGUACAAAUUAGAUUCUAGCUAUUUGGAUAGACUUAUAAUGGAAGUAACAAACUCAAUGGAUAUAAAUUAAAUAACAAAUAAACAUAAAAAGAUUAAUCUUUUGUAAAUUAUAUAAAUUACGUGUGCGUAAU